UUGAGACUGGGGUGGCAGGACAAACGAUGGGCUGAGAGCAUGCGUUCUAUCUUUGCCAUCGAAUUCUCGGCGUAUACGCCCUGUCACGAUGCCCGUCAUCCAAGACUGUGUUUAGAAGGCUAGUUGGAUAGCUUCGGAUGCUUCGACCAAGCUCGAAUGGAGCGGGCUAAUCAGUCUACCGCACAAGCGUCGUUGUACGCGGCUUGCCGGGACUGAAGCGCAUGCACAGAAGGUCGCCAAGGAGAUCUCAAGGCCGGCAACCGCUCGCCGGCCGAGGGCGGGCACGCCGACACGGCCUCCGGCCGCGCCAAGCAGCGUCAGUGAUCCUUCUUCGUAGGCGUAGGCGCCAGUAUCAAACCCGGGCGCACUCAGAACAGGUUCCGUACUUCCUCCCUCCCACCACCCACAGCAGUCCUACGACGCCUCCGACGACUUCAGCGGCCCCGGUCUGUCCUUACGAGCAUCCACAUUCGUUACUUCGCUCCCCGUUCCAUCUGAAGCCAUGUUCUCCCGCUCUGUCGUCGCUGCCCUCGUUGCUGCUCCUCUCGUCGCCACUGCCUUUGCGGCAUCGUGCACCCGUACAUACACCGUGAAGGAGGGCGACUGGUGUGAUACCAUCUCCGCUCAGCACAAUGUCUCUACCUACCAGCUCGCCGCUGUGAACCCGGAUAUCGACGACCUCUGCAACAACCUCGCUGUUGGCCAGAAUCUCUGCUUAGGUACCGAGGGCGAGGAUUGCAAGAGCACGCACGUCGUCGAGGCCAACGACUCUUGCGAAGGCCUCUACGGCACCUACGGCAUCAACGCGACCGUCCUCUACCACAACAACCCGCAGCUCGACGCCGCUUGCGACAACCUGUACAUCGGCGAGGUCGUCUGCGUGGCCAACUCUCUCGUUGCGCCCGCGCCCCCCUCUGGCACGGUCACUAUUGCCGUUCCUACGAGCACCAAGGUCGCCACCACUUCGAUCGCCAUUCCUACGAGCACCGAGGUCGCCACUACUUCGAUCGCCAUUCCUACGAGCACCGAGGUCGCCACCUCGAUCGCUGUUACCUCAGUCGCCCACAGCACGAUUACCAGCUCUGCCCCCGCGGCGACCGAGACUGACGACGACGAUGACGACGACCUCCCCUUCUGCGACGAGCUCUAAAUCCCACAUGAUUGCGUUCGCCGUAGACGUCACAAUCGCUAAUGCCCCCUUCCCUCGUCCGUGAAGGCAUUUGUUUGUUUUGUCGCUACGCUCUUCCAUACCCGCACUAUGUUGUGCAUUCGUUGUCAUCAUUACCUAAUUUUGUUUCCUACGUAGAUAGUUCCAGCGGACUAUCAGUUGUGUCGCACGCAAUGUUGAACAUCGCUUGGGUCCCGCGGGCCCGUGGUCGUAGUGAGAUACGGAGAAUAUACAACAUGUUGAAUCC